AUGUCGUCUCCACCCAGGGUCGUCAUCGUCGGCGCGGGUCUGGCCGGGUUGGCCGCGGCUCGUCGUCUCGUGCAAUGCGGGUUCUCGGACGUCACCGUCCUCGAAGGCGGUUCUAGUCAUGCCGAAUUGAGAGACCUCUUAGAUGUGCCACAAUUUGACCCAUUUGACGAAGCACACAUUCGUGCCCGAAGGGUUGGUGGAAGAGUUUACACGAGAAAGUUCGGAGACCAGAAUGCCGUCGUGGAACUCGGAGCCAGCUUCGUCCACGGUGCCAGUCCGGCCAACCCCAUCUACCAACUGGCGAACGUUUCGAGAAUUCUCUCGGGCGGACGGCGUCGAGCGAACGAGAGGGAAGCAUCCGGCCUCGUCUACGCGAGGGCUGCAUCCCCGAUCCCCGCCGCGGUGAGCCAGAAGGCGGCCGGGAUCUUCAGGCGAGUCGAGCGCGAAGCCGCCGGGCUCGCAGCGAUGCCCUCUGACCCGACGAAAAAUUUGGAAGAUUUUUUCAUGGAACGCUUGGACGCGGGGCGGAGCUUUGCGGACCAAAAGCUGGCUUCCCAAGCCGAGUGCGUCUUCAACUGCUUCAAGAACGCGAUCGCGUUGGAAACCGGCGACGAGUUGCGCCUGGUGUCGGCGCAGGGGUACGGUUGCUACGAGGAGUUGCCGGGUGGGGACCUGGUCGCGCCUGGGGGAUUCGGCAAGAUCUUGACCCGCCUCAGGAAUUCCAUUCCGGACGGCAGAGUGAAACUGGGCCAUCACGUGGUGACCAUCGACUGGACCGAAAAAAACGAAAACGUCACUGUCACGUGUUCCAACGGGGAGACGUUCGAGGCCGACCACGUGAUCGUGACGGUGAGCCUCGGGGUGCUCAAGAACUCGCCGAAUCUCUUCGAACCGAGGCUCCCGGACCGGAAGCUGCGAUCCAUCGCGAACAUCGGGUUUGGCAGGGUAAACAAGAUCUUCCUUGAGUUCGACCCUCCAUUCUGGGCGCCCGGGGAGGGGCGAUUGAGGCUCGGCUGGACGGACGAAGAAUACCGGACCCGUACGGAAAAGGAUUGGACAAGAUACGUCUACGCGUUCGAGGAGGCGACGGGAGACGCGAGAGUCUUGGUAGCGUGGAUUUGCGGCUCAGGCGCGGAGGCCAUCGAGGGUUUGCCACCCGAGGACGUCGCCGUCGGAUGCACCCAGCUGCUGAGGGAAUUCACGGGGAAUCCCCUGCUCGAACCUCCGAGGCAGGUCCUAAGGACGAAGUGGGUGUCGAGCCCGCGCUUCCGCGGGUCGUACUCGUUCGUGUCGACGGGAUCGGGGAGAGAGGACGUGGAGGCGCUGGCCGAACCACUGAGGGGGGGGAGGGGGCCGAGGCUGCACUUCGCGGGGGAGGCGACGCAUCCGGUCUAUUUCUCCACGAUGCAUGGAGCGCUGCUGUCGGGGGUGAGGGAGGCAGAUGCCAUCAGAUGGGAGUAUGUGGGUGCAGGCAGUUUCGGGGGGUGA